AUGAAACAUACCAUCUUCCUCAUCACCACCCUCGCCGCAUGGGCCAGCGCAUCGAAACAAUACUGCAACACGGGCACAGAUGGCGAUGGGAGUUGCGAAAAGCAAGGCUGGAAUACCUUCUGCUGCAUGAACAACCCCAAUGAGCCUGACUUCCAGAUCACGCGAACGGUUCUCGAUACUUCCAACGCGCCGAAUGGCUUCGAUAAUUGUGGGCCGGGUAAUAAUGGGAAGGUUUCUUGUUGCGAUCCCAAGGAGAAGUAG